AUGAUCCCCUCCCCCUCUCUCCCUCUCUCCCGUUCUUUCCUCUGCCACAGUAUCUGUCUGACUCCUGGCGUCGAUCGGGUCGAGCUUCGUGCAUUUGCAGACUGAAAGCUCAGAAAAGUUCCGAUCUUUCUCGAGCUGAGUUGAUAGAAAGGGCGAAACUGGGUCGAUUUUCCUGAAGCUUGGACAAGGUGGCUCUCGAUAUUCACCACCGCCUGCAAAGCAUCGAAAUCUUCAAGACCAGCCACAAGAAAGUGAUGGUGAGUCCGAUAAUAAGAAUGGGAAACGACGAUUUGAGCCCGCCGUGGCUGAAGCCAAUGCUCCAGGCGAGCUACUUCAUGCCCUGUCCCGUCCACGGAGUCUCCAACAAGAGCGAGUGCAACAUGUUCUGCUUGGACUGCGUCGGAAAUGCUCUCUGCUCUUACUGUCUCGUCCAUCACAGAGACCAUCGCGUCGUUCAGAUAAGACGAUCCUCGUACCACAACGUGGUGAGGGUGAAUGAGAUUCAGAAGUACAUCGAUAUAUCGUGCGUUCAGACAUACAUAAUCAACAGCGCGAAGAUUGUGUUCCUCAAUGAGAGGCCGCAGCCCAGGCCUGGGAAGGGGGUCACCAACACUUGCGAGAUUUGUUGCAGAAGCCUCCUUGAUUCCUUCAGGUUCUGUUCUCUGGGUUGCAAGCUCAAUGCAAUGAAGAGGGGCGAUGAUCCGGACCUCACAUUCACUCUGAAACUCAAGCAUGGUAGGGAUGCCCUCAGUGGUGACUUCGAAUCGGACGAGUCGUCGACUCCAAAGAAGCCUCGGAAGUCCCUGUUCUUCAGCCGUCUGAUGGACGGGACGGCCUUUUUCUCCGAAAAUAAGAUGGACGGUGGAGAGAGGCUGUCUUGGUCCGGCGAUGAUGCCGCCGCAAGCAUCUCUCCCAGCACGCCGCCAAUAUAUAACCACAGCAAUGCCAGGCGAAGGAAGGGCAUUCCUCAUCGUGCUCCUUUCUAAAAAAAAAAUUCUGAAAAAAAAAAAAAGACAGACAGAAGAAGAAGAAGAAGAAAGAUCAGACCUUUUUAUUAGUUUAUAGUGUAUAGUGAGUCAUUUGGGACUGAACACAGAAAGAUGAAUUGUUAGGGACAAGAAUGCAAAGUGAAAUGUGGUAUGGGGGGGGUUUGGAAAUAGUGAAAGCUUCAGCUGUAAAUAGUAAUAUGGUGAAAGAUUGGACAUAGUUUGUGCCUUUUCUCCUUGUAUAUAUGGACCAAGGAAUAUGGCUUUGCCUCUUUUAGCUGUUACAUAGGAUUUGGUCUCAUGAGGUAGAAUCUAUAGAUAUGAAGUGUACAUAGGUCCCAUCUACUGAUCAUAGACUCCUGAUAUGUUCAAACAUGAUUUGCCAUAACGGAGUUGGCAUAUUGCUAUGUG